AUGUUUUUCAAAAAUAAACCCGUUACAAGUUAUUUAAUUGGCUCUAUUAUUGGUAUUAUUUUAUGUACUAUUGGUCUUAUAUUACAUUUGAUCGCUUAUUUUACUCCACAUUGGAAAGAAGUAAUACCAAAUUCGAAUGCGUUAUAUGUUGAUGGUAUUGAUGCUUUAAUUCGCACAGAAGUAUUGCAUUAUUUUAACGCUGUUCAUCGUUAUACAAAACAUUCCUAUGGCUUAUUUCGACGUUGUGAACGUCUAUUGAAUAGUACAAAUACAACUCCUAAUAUAUUAAAAGAACAUCAAAAUCAAUUAUGUACAAAAAAUUAUUUACCAUCUUAUGAAGAUGUUGAUUUUAAUGAAUGUCAUAGUUUACAAUAUUAUCGAUUUUGUACGAAAAAAAAUGAAAAAAUAUUUGAUAUCCAAAAUCAUUAUCUAUUACAAACGUUUGCCAUUGAUCAAACAUAUUUCAAGGAAAAUCAUCAAAAUUCAUUAUCAUCAUGUGAUUGUAAAUAUCCUACAUAUGUGCCAGUAUGCCAAUAUUUUUGUGGUUUUGGUGUAAUAUUUAUUGUAUUAACUAUUAUUCUCUACGCUUGGCUUCCUUUAACUGAUGAUAAAAAAAUACGUGUUCGAAUAAAAUUUAUUGGUGUCAUAUCAUCUUUACUUUCAAUAGUUUUUCUUAUGUCAAAUUUAAUUAUAAUGAAUAAUUAUUUGAGAUUUGAAUCAUUAGAAUAUUUAGUGGCCAUUGAAAGACAUUAUCGAACAAAUCAAAUAUAUAAAUUGAGUGAAGAUACGAGAAUAGCCGUGAACAGAUUUGAGUCAUAUGUUAUCAUUAAAACUGGUUAUUCAAUGGGACUAGAAUGGAUAGCAUUUUUUCUAACGAUUAUUAGUGCGAUUAUCCUACUAGGUACUUGUAAUAUGUCAGCUCAUAAAGAAAAAGAUAAAAAUACAAAACAUUCUUUACGUGAAUCCACAUCGUUAAAUAGACGAGAGUCAAUCAUUGCUUCUCAUCAUUCAGUUUAUGUGUAA